AUGACGAAAUUUUUAUGUGAAUAUGAAUCAAGCGAUGGUCUUAUUAGACAGUAUAGAGAAAUACGUCGCGAAGAAGUUUUGUUAGGAAAAAAUGUUCAAGAGGAUAGGCGAGAUAUAAUGUCUUUAUUUCUAUUGAAGUAUUCGAUUAUUAAAAAUCAAGAUGGUGUUGACAGAAAAAUGGCGAAACGAGAAAAAUUUGAAGACGUAACCAUGUAA